CUUGAUAACAUUGACCUCUAUUUAUCAAGUGCGGAAAUUGUUUUUCUCAGGUAUAAUCAAGUCAGACUAGCCAUUCUGAAUGCUGUACUUCUGACAAUUCGUUUGGACCAGACAGCAGCUUAUCAACACAUUAUAGCUAUAAUGUUCUGCUAAAAAGAAAAUACCAUGGUCAACUUAGCAGAUCCUCUGUACAGAAAUUGGGUGAAGGGUUCAUUGGGACUGAAGUACUUGAAACAAGGUCUCCAAUGUCCCGUGGAUCGCCUUGUUCAGAAGCAACAUAAAAAACUUCUUCGCGAGGUUGAAAAGAAAACAGGGUUCCCUGCCGUCAACUGCACAGAGUGCACGCUAGACAAUCUCCUUCCAGAGCAUACGAGAAAAAAAUGCAUUCAAAGAUACAAGUCUAAAUGUUUCUGUAAUCAACAACAAGCUGGGCGUAGAAAAUGCCCAAAUAAUUUCUGCAGUUUUUUUUAUGAUCUGAUUAUUCUUGCCCAUGAUGAGAGAAAUCCAACUUGGUCAAACACUGACCCAAGACGGUGGUACAGUGAUCAUUGGUCUUUUGCACAGUGCUAUGUGUCAACAAGUGGGUAUUUGGAUAAACCUUCAGCCACAGAGACAGACGCAGCUGGUCUUCUUUCAGUCGUUCUCAAUAACAUAGAGAUUAGAGAUACUGUUGACAAUGUUGAUAAUUUCAAACAAGCACGUGAUUGUCGUAACGAUCUCAUGCAUUCUACCAAUUUUGAGGUCCAGGGUGUUCAGUUGGAACGAUAUAUUGAUACAAUGAUUCAAGUCCUUAAGGAUGCGACCUUAUUAGCGCAAGAGUCAGAAGCUAACGCUGCUGUAGAGGAACUAAAUAAGCUGAAAGAAAAUCACUUAAUAAUUACUACUGAAGAUAUCACAAGUGUCCUGGAACAUGUUAUUGAAGAGAACACGAGAAGAGCUCAAUCUGAAAUUGAAAAGAGUAAACAAGUUAUUCAAACAUGUAUAGAAAGGUUGAAAACCCUAAAGGACUCGAUAUCUACAGUGGAGAGUACAUGCAUCAGUUCAAUAAUGCAGGCAAAGAAUAACGCUAUUGUCAAUAUCAAUGAUACUGCAAGUUCUGCUCAAAAUCAAUUAAUUGCAGUGGCAAGUAGUCAAGAGAAAGAAAUGGUGACUAGAGCAAAGCAUCAACUUUAUUGCCAGACUGGUGUUAAUGAACGGAGACUUGCGAAAAGAGCAAAACAGUUUGAAAAAGAAAUGACCCGGAAAGCAAAAAGGUUUCGCUCGGACAUUGCCGAGGCCGCAAGUAAAGAGGUUAUAAACAUACAGACAUCAAGCACAGGGAGUGACAAUGUACAGUCUUAUUCUACUGAAAAAUACGAACAGAUGAAAACAGAUUUACGGUCUGAUUUGAUUACAUUCUAUCGAAAAAGACAUAGUUCACUGCCACUGUCUCCACUUCAAGAAGAGCAAGAUGCUCCGCUCAUUGAUUUCUAUGUAUCACCAACGUUGAAAGCUGUACACGGCAAAACGAGAGGGACAGAAGACAAAAGCACAGUAUCAUACUCGGGUGUAUUUACUCAUGAUUCGAGAAAGUGCAUGGAUAUAUAUUUGACGUCACCCGCUGGAACAGGAAAGACUGCCUUUACCAAACGUAUGGCUAUUACAUGGUGUCAAGCUCAACAACCUACAGAUGAUUUCAAGGAAUAUUUUUCAGAGUUUCAAACAGACAUUGAUGUUAUGAAAACAUUUCCAUUCCUUUUUCUUAUUAUGUUAAGGGACGUCGGAAAAGAACACUGUGACGUUGACUCAAUGAUUCGUAAUGAAAUUCUCACAGACUUGUCUGGAAAGUACACAGAUGAGUUUAUGAUACGCCUACUUCGGGAUGAAAAAGUUGUGACCAUUCUUGAUGGUCUAGAUGAGUGGUCACACACAACCGCGGAUAAUGCAAUAUGCAAAAAGAUAUCGGAUAUUCCACACAGAAAAGCAAGAGAAAAUUGCACCAUUUUAACAACGACAAUAUCUUGGAAGUUUGAUGUGUUGCGAAUAUCAUCUAGCCAGAUGGAUCAUAAAAUCGAAAUUUUACCACUUGACAGAGUAGAUUCUGAAUGCUUAGUGAAACGAGCUACUAACUAUUUAAAUAGCAAAUACAAGGAGGAAAAAUGUUAUGAAGACUUUAGGGAAAUAAGUGAAAAGAAACCUUUAGAUAGACUUAUAUAUAUUCCCUUGAUUUUGAUGCAAUUACUUUGUUUGUGGUAUGACGGGGAACCAAUCGGUCAGUCUCUUUGUCAAAUUUUCACCAACAUUUUAGAAUUCUUGUUCAAAAGAGCUGUUAAAAAGUCGCCAAGAAUUGGAAGUAGCUCGACUCAUAGAAGGACUGUUCAUUUACAGCUUCCAAAAUGCUUUGAACAAACGGUACUCUGUAAGGAACAUGAGCAGCUUCUUUUAUCUCUAGGAAAGUUGGCUUUCAAGCGAUUGUUUUGUGCCGAUCGAAGUUCAAUGUUAGCAUUUGACUACAUCGAUGCAGAAAAUAUCUUAUCCAAACAGGACUUAAAUGUUGCAUUAGAAACCGGGAUCUUAACAGGGAAUAAGGUACAAACUUUAACCUCCAGACGUUACGUUUUAUCAUUUAUUCACAAAACAUACCAGGAAUUUCUGGCAGCUUUAUAUAUUUCUGCAUGCGACGUGUUCCCAACUGAAAUAUUUACUUUCUGCGAAUCCGUCACUAGGCUUCUUGAUAUAUCCUACAUGUUUGUGUUUCUUAGUGGAUUAAACGGAUCGAAAAUGAACGAAAUGUGCCCUGCCAUUACUGAUGUUAUCUCCGACGAUAUUGAAAAGUACAGACGAACAUAUAAAAUUAAAUCUCCUAUAAAACAAAUACAGCGUAUCUUUAUUGAUUGCUUUGACGAAAACAAUAAAUGCGGAGGUCAAGGACUUCAACUUCCUCUUGCGGAUAUUCUAGUUGACGACUGGUGUGACGACUUUGAUAAAUUAAAUGCACAUUUAUUAAGGGAUGAGUUAAGAAAUAUAAAAUCAUUACAUCUUGCAUGCUUUCCGGAAAAUGACAUUUCAGCACUUCUAAAGAAAUUGCAGACUCUGUAUAAUUUACAAAAGUUAAGUGUACAUUAUGCAGAUCCCCGUGAAGUAGACAGUAUGAUAAAGGGGUCCUCUGAAACAUUAAGCGUGCUCAAUAUUCACCAUGUUGAACGACUAAGUGACAAAACGUUAAAUACGUUAACCCAUAUUGAAAACCUACAUGCCCUGUCAUUAAAGGGAAUAAAACUAACCUGUAUACAAAUAUCAAAGCUUUAUGCGUGCAUUUCUCGAUGUACUUUUAUGAAAGAGCUGAGGUUAGAGAAACUUUCAUGUCCAGAUGACUUUGAUGUAUUGCCUUGUCUGAAUUUAACUGACCUUACGAAGCUUGAGAUAUUGAGAAUAGUAAACCUACCAGCGAGCAUUGAAAUAUCUCAAAGGAAUGUGUCUUGUCUAAAAGAAGUAAAAUGUGAUAUCUCUGUAGAUUUUAGAUUCCUUUUAGGUUCAAAACAACUACAAAUGUUGCAUAUCACUGGGUGCACUGAUUAUGGAAAGGCUGAUAAUCUGGAUCAUCUUACCAAGGUAUUACUGCAGUUGCCAUCUUUGAAAAAUCUAAAAAUUAAACACUGUUCCCUGAAGAAACUGCAUUUUGAACGAUGUUCUAAACAUCUUGAAUUGAUCGAGCUUAAAUUUGUCAAAAUGAGCAGUGCAUCAUUUAAAAAAACUGUUCUCUCACUGACACACCUGCCACAAGCUAUUCAGGUGCGUUUAAUAGCAGCUCAUACAUGUAUGUCCAAGGCUACUGAAGAAUAUUUCAGAAAGUCGAAACUUUUUCUUGUGUACGGGAUAAUACCUGUGGUCAUAUUGAAGAAGAGUAUAACGUAAACUAUACAGCAACCAAAACAGGCAACAUGAAUUUUCAUUUGUUAUUCAUACAAGGAAUUCAUUACAAGACUUUUCCAAUUGAUAAAAAACCUCUGUUUAGAAUUGAGCUAAAACUUCAUGUGGCACAGAAAAAAAUGAUUGUGUAAUUUGAGCAAAAUCUACCACUAGUAUUAAUAUCGUAUUAAGAAGAAACUUUUAAAAGGA